GGAAUACGUUAAUAAAGCGCAGUUUUAAGAGUGUCAAUAGACUUUGAAAUGCACAUAGCAUUUGCAUAAUUAGUGGACGAUAAGAACUUUGCCUGGCUCAGUCGAAAGUACAGUGAGCACUGCCUGAAUGCUAUGCAUUUUAUAAAAAGGUUAAGGUGGAAUUUCGGUUAGGUCCAGGAACAUAAUACAAUUUAGUGCCAUUCGAGACAUUCCAAACUGCUAGAAUUUAAUUUUAAUUGGUGUUCUACAAUAAAGCCUUCUUAGCCACCUAGCACUAUCUGUAUAUAUCGUGAACUUGUUGCCCAGCUCUAUUUACCUGUGAAAAGCAACCCCAGUAAUCUUGUAGAAUAUAAUUGAAUUCACACUGAAUACAGAACAGCUGAUGGGCUUUUGCACAACAUUGGGCUGGAGGGAUGGGUUGGGCUGGGGAAAGCACGAUGUAAGCUGGCAAAUUUAACAGACAAAAAAGCGAUUUCCGAUCCAAUUGGCGUUCCGGUCGAGUGACUCGAGUGUGUGAGCUUGGAGCUGGGUGUGCCGGGCCAUAAAUAGCCUCGGAUGAAGGCUGUCGAUUAGCUCUGCCCCUCCAGCACCCUUCGUCACCUUGCCGCGACCCUCCUCACCUACAAGGUCACACCUCAGACCCGAUCUCAUCAUCCCAUUUAGCUGAUGUAUUUACUUUAUAUCAAAUAAGAAAGCCAAAAAAUGGGUAAAAAAUCUCAAAAACGCAAUUCCACUAAAUGUAAUUCGAUUUUCGUUCACGUAACACUUUAAAAACGAAAAUGAAUCAUUGGACUCGGAAAAGCUGUCCCUCAGAAAAUAAUCACUGAAAGGAGAAGUCAACAAACGGAAAUUGUCACUUGUCAAAUUUUCUUUCGGCUUUCAUUUUUGAGGAGCCUCACGCGAGGUGAACGCCACAGAGUGCAGGCCGUAUUAAAUACAAAGUGUCAACGGCUCGUCAAAGCCACAGAAAGCCAAAUAGGUUUUUCGAGAAACUUAAAACAUUUUCAAAGUUCAAAAAAAUUAGGAUCUGUUGAGAAUGUUUUCUGUUAAUUUAAUCGGCAAUUUUAAUAUCCCACGAAAGUUUAAUAUCUUACAAUUUGUAUAUAUUAAAAAGUAUAUUAUAAAUAGUUCCGACAAAAAAUCUAGUUACUGUAAAAUAUAUGUUUAAAAAGUAGACUGAAUUCAGACAAUCUAUUUGAUUAAUUUUGCUUUAAUUCUCUCAAAAUAGAUAGCAAAGUCGCAAUAAUUUUCAAUAAGUAUGAAAGCCUUUUAUAGGAUUUAUGUAAUUGGUGCUGAAAUAUAUGCUUCCGCCUACGAUUUCCUCUUUCUAAACCUCAAACUCCCUUUUAAUAUUCUUCGAAACCGAAACCUCCACAUUAGAUUUGAUCAUGCUUCGAAUAGCCCGGUUAUAAUGGAAGAGCGUAACUUUCCGCUCUAAAUAUUUUCAUUUAGCUGCAAUAAUAACAACAACCAUAAAACAACUGCCAACAACGAACCACAUGAGGUGCACGGCAGAAGCAAAGUUCAGAGUGUAAAUGCGAAGUUUAUGUGAUAAUUGCGGCGAGUUCGUUGCCAAGUAAAUUGCACCUCGAAGCGCAUGAGUCAGCCGGAUAACAAUACAAAGUGUCCACGAAAGUGGGUUAGAAAAUGUUAAAUUCAAAACCUCCAAGCCGCCUAAUCAGCUCACUUGGAAGUAAGUACUCCACAAUUUUAAAUCGUCUGGUACGCAGCGAAGCGUUAAAAAAUGAUUACGAAAAUGUCACAACGGAACACGUGUAUAUACAGCAAUAGCCGUUCGGGCAACGAAUCGAUUGGUUUCGCAUAUGUCGCAACCAUCAACAGAAAACUGUUCCACUUUGGGCCACCUGCAAAAUGGAAACUCUCGUCAAUAUUUGCACUUUCUUCUGAGUUACAUUCCGAGAGAAGAAGAGAAGUGGCCGAGCGGCGAGGAAACUUGUCUAUUUACGCAUAUUUAUGUCUAUAUGUUGGCCAUGUACAAACAAGAAGCCAUCAGCUCCGACAUCGCCGCAGCAUCAUCAUCAUCUUCUCUAGGCAGUCUGUCAAUAGACUGGCAAACGUCAAUUUCAGUUGGGUCAGAAGCAAUUGAAAAUAGACAGGCGAGCAGGUGGCGAGGGAACGCACAAAUUAGGAAAUAGGAGCACUCCCGGGAAUUAUUAUUUAAAUUUCACAGAACUCGCAAAAGAAAUGAAGCCACAAAACCAAAUCGAACCAAUGCUUCACACAAUGCAAUUCGGUUCGAAUCAAUUUAAACAGGUUUCUGCUCAUAUGAUUGUAAAAUCUUUGUUCUGUUAGAUUUCGAGAAACGAAUGUAAGACACAAAAAAAGAUUCCUUUUUAUGGCUAAAGAAAUUUCAAAAAAGAUAUAUCGAAAUUAAUUUAAUAAAGUUUUAGUAUUUUAAGCUUCCAAAGUAAACGAUGGUUUUGCUCCAUAUAGGUUUAUUGGACAGAAAUGCAGCUAACAUUUAAUUAGGUUUAUUUAUAAAAAUUGCUUUUCCCAACGUGACACCUGAGUGUGGGUUGUUGAGCAGAAUAACUAUUUUAAAUGUAUAUUCUGUACUUUCUGGGGGAACUUGCCAAGGAGAGAAACCGAAACGUCAGUGUCAAACAAAUGCCGUUGUCGUAUCUGGAUAAAUAAGCUUGAAAUUUCACAAUCACAAUGUUCGUAUAUGUUUAGGUGUCGAACAGUUGUCGGCUUGUUUAGUUUUCCCGCUUGAAACUCCCCACAUGAGUCUCGGGUUACUUAUUUACCCCGAGUUCCCUUCUCAUUUAUUGUACAAACACAGACAUUCGUCUCUUUAAAACUCUGCUCGGGCUGAUUAGAGCUUCACACAGGUGUUAUAUAAACAGAUAGGGAGAAAGCCCAGCAAUGGGAGUGGCUUAGUGCUAAGUUGCGACAGUUGUGCAUAUUUUGACACAGAGAGAAAUUCUUGAAAAAUAUCCAUACGCAAGCCAAUAUUUGUUUCACACUUCAAGAGCUAUUCCGCAUUUUAAUUACAAUUUAAAAACUUCAUUUUAUGUAACAGAGUAAAUAUAAAAAUACGUUUUAAUGCUUUUACGCAAAAUGAUACCACUCAGAGAGCCAUAUGAAAGGCAAUAAAAAUUGUUUAAGCGAAAGCUGGAUGGAUUAUUUUUUUGUUUAUUUACUUUGAAUUUUUCAAUGAUUUUAAUAUCGCUGGUGAGGCUCCUUAACGGACAUUAAAUGCAAAAUCAAACAACUGCGCUAUGUGAUCGCCAUAAUAAUCGUAACAAUAAAAACAAAUAUGGUCCAUCUGUAUGGACAACCUGUACGGGCGGGUCAUGUCCGUCCCAUUAGCGCUCGGUGCGUUGAUGGGGGAUGUGCAACAAAUUGAAAGUAAAUAACACAGAACGACAAUAAAAAAUACUGCGUUAUUGCGAAAGGCAAACUGCACUCGGCGGACAAUAUGGCAAAUUAAUUAGUUAUACAAAAAUGGUAGACCAUAAAACGCUGUGCUAAAAAAGAGUGAAACGUGCGUGUGUGUGUGCUGCAAAUAAAAUUCAAAUUAUGCACAAGUGAAUAAUUGUGGCAUUGUAAUGGCAGCCCUUGCUUAUAUAAGUACAAAUAAAAUAUUGCUGUUCGUUUUUAAUUAAGCCCAGGAGGCCUAUAAAAAAGCAAACCAAAGUUUUAGCUAGACAAAAAUAUUUGAGCCCUUCGCCCAUUUUUUCGCGUGUGUGCUGGCGCCAUCUUGCGGCCAAUAAAUAACAUGAAAAACCCAAAUAUCAUGGAGUGCAAUUCCUUAAACAACAGCAGCAACAAUGGCGGCAGUAUCAACGGGAGCGGAAACGGAAAUGGCGGAGCUAGCGAGCAGCGCCCCCUAUCGUCCAAAGUCCAUGCAGCAUCUCCACCGCCCGUUGGCAGCAACAACAACAAUAAUCUGAUCGUCCGCUACAACAAACUGAGCUCGGGCAGUUCCUCCGCGGACUCAUCGCCGCCACAUCAUCAGCAGCACUCCCCGCCGCCUCUGCACCACCCCAGCCACCCGAGCCACCCACUCCACCCAUCAGCCAUGUCCACAAACAUGGCCACAAAUGGCCAUCAGUUGUAUCCGGCGAUAACGGCAACGUAUUGGCUACCGCCGCCGAAUCCGGCGCCAUAUUUAGUUCCAGAGCGUAAACUUUUCGUCGGAAUGCUGAACAAAAAGUUCACGGAGGCCGAUGUGAGGCAGCUUUUCACGGGUCACGGAACCAUCGAGGAGUGCACGGUGCUCCGGGAUCAGGCUGGUCAGAGCAAGGGCUGUGCCUUCGUCACAUUCGCCACCAAACAGAACGCCAUCGGAGCCAUCAAGUCCCUGCACCAAAGUCAGACCAUGGAGGGUUGUUCGGCUCCGCUGGUCGUGAAAUUCGCAGACACCCAGAAGGAAAAAGACCAAAAGAAGAUGCAGCAGAUUCACGCUUUCUGUGGCAUCAGCACGCCGAGCGGAGCGUCUGCAGGAGCAGCCACGCCCGCCAUAAAUGCGGCUACGGCGCUAAUAGCGGCUCCGCCCUCGACGGGACGUCCCAAUCCGUCGAUGGCGGCCGCCUUGGCCGCAGUGCCUCAGGUUCAGCAGGCCGGGAAUGUUGCCACGGCACAAACGACCCUCGUUCCGCUGAGCUCCUCGACCGCUCUCAGCGCGUCCUUGGCGCCCAAUCUGCUCGCCAGUAACGCCCACCAGGGGGCUGCAGCGGCGGCCGCCUACUUGGGGACGGAUCCCACGACGGCGGCCCAUCUGCAGCUGUACCAGCAGCUUCACGGAUACGGACUGAGUCCGGCGCACUAUCUGCCAGGACUAAAUUUCCACCACCCACCGGAAAACAGUGCCCACCACAGCCAACACAGUCCCACCGUCGGCGCCGCAUCAGCAGCAUCUCUAUCGGCUGCAGCAGCAGCAUCAGCAGCAUCUCACCCACUUGGCGGCACACCACCCGCACCCACACCACCCACAAGCGGGGUCUCUUCCGCCGGGCAUGCUGCUGGCGCUGGACUGCUCGCCGCUCCAUCCCUGUCUAUGCAGAAUCUGGUAACCCUACUAGCCUCGCCCUCCGCCCACCACCAGCUGACCCUCCACCACAGCAGCAGCGGCAACAACAGCAGCGGCUCCGCCGGCAGCCUCCACAACCACCAGCGCCUCGCCUACGCCGCUGUCCCGCCACCACCCACGGCGACCGCCUACAACAUGUCGCAGCUGAUCGGUCACCCGGCCACGCCCACCCAGCACGGGGGCGGCGGCCAGACGCUGACCUUGAAUGCGCUGUGGCCUCCAAAUGCUGCUGACCCCUAUUCAUCUUCCCUGAGUGGACUGUCCAAUGGAGCCUACGGAGCCGCAUCCCAACCUCUGACUGCCAGCGCCCUUCAAGCGGCCGCUGCGGGCGUGGCUGGCAAACAGAUUGAGGGUCCGGAUGGCAGCAAUCUGUUCAUUUAUCACCUACCUCAGGAGUUCAUUGACACAGAUCUCGCGUCGACAUUUCUUCCCUUCGGCAACGUCCUCUCGGCCAAGGUGUUCAUCGAUAAGCAGACCAACCUGUCGAAGUGCUUCGGCUUUGUGUCCUACGACAAUCCACAUUCGGCCAACGCGGCCAUCCAAGCGAUGCAUGGCUUUCAAAUCGGCACCAAGCGGCUGAAGGUUCAACUGAAACGUUCCAAGGAUGCGGCGAAGCCGUACUAGGCAGCUAAGGGGGCUGGCAUGGCCUAAAUGGGCGUGGCAAGGCACCCAGCAACCAACAAUUCAAAAUCAAUGGAUGAACUAGUUUAGACAAUUGUGCCUUUUAAGCAACGUUCUGAAACCAAAGGACCAAUUACAAAAAAAUUAUCUGAUAAGUGAACACAAAACUAAAGAUAAGUAGAAAGCUUACAAAUAAAGUUCUCGAGUGCACAAAAAACUAACCGCAAAAAUCAAUCCUACCAAAGAAGUAGCUUAAAAGUUGCAUCCUUCUUGUAAUCACAUUUGCUGAAAACCAUCAACCAUUUUCAUGAAACCUAUGUAACUAUUCAACGUCGGCAAACAAAUCCUAAAAUAAAAUAUAACCAAAAUAAAACACAGAAAUAGUAAGCUGCAUUGCGGCGCCAAAGUAUUUUUCAAAGCCAAAUAGUUAAGCAAACAUAAUGAAAAAAGCACAAGCCAAUACAGAAGAGGAAAUUUAAUAUUUGCACUAAUCAAAAGAUACAACUUAGAAAUAAUAACUAUAAAAAAGCUAAGGAAAUAAGUAUAUAAAUACAAUAUGGUAGGGAAAAAACAAACAAAAACAUUCGAAAUUCCGUUCGUAGGGAGACACAUUUAAGGGGAAAGCUAAGAAUAAAAUAACUAAUAAUAUAAAUAAAAAAAACUGUCGAAAACCCAGGUGAAAAACAAUUUAUCAAGCUAAAAGAAAAUAGCUUGGUUUCAUACUUCAAAUCUAUUUUCUAUUAAUUAAUUUAAGCUGUAUGCAUAAGAAGCAAGCAUAAAGCAAACAAACACUUAUCCGAUUUGUACUUAAAUGACACUUAAUGUUAGAUGGCAAAACUUUAUUAAAUAAAAGUCAGUCAAAUUAAAAUGUGAACAAUUUAGAUUACGGUCUGAUUUCAUGAUUUUUUAAAAGGCUUUUUAAAUAAAAGCCAAGUGGUUUCAAUGAUUUAUAAAUAAAAUAAUAAAUAUUUAAACAAUUUAA